CUUCUCAACUCAAUGGUUCUCAGUUUCGCCGACUUCGCUCUUCUUCUUCUUCUUCUUCUUCUGCGUUCUGAAUUUCGAAGGUUGACGAGAAUUGGAUUUGCUUUCUUCGUGUGAUGACGUUGAGUUUUGAACAGUUGUACGGAUUGACUAUGUUUGUGAGGUCAAAAUAGUAAAAUAUCAGUGUGUUGCGCUGGAGAGAGUUGAUCGAUCUAUGAUGCCUGAGGCUGAAGAUAUUGCUGCAGAAGCGUGUCAUGAUGGUGAGAGGGUUGAAGCUCAAGCAAUGCAUGGGAAACGAUCGGUGUGGAUGGCUCACUGGAUGCAAACAAGCGAUAAAUCAGCAACCUCUGCUUGCAGUGGUCUGGGGAUUGGUUGUGAGGUGAAAGAGGAAAAAGAAGACAGUGGUGCUGAGCAGCGUGAUUUGCUUGGGGAAGCAGCUAGGGCCAAAAGUGUUACCUUCACCGAUGAGGCAGACAAUGGAAAAUCAAAGAAAGCGAGCAAUGGUUCCAAAUCAUUUCCUGCAUUCAAAGUUUCUCAAAAGUUAGAAGGUAAAUCUGAAACUGAAGCCUGCUCUGGAGAUGUCAAUGUUUCUCUCAACAGGGCUGGGACUUCCGGAACUGGCUUACCAUCUACCUCCGCACCUGCACAUGCUCUAGUAAAAGAGUGUCGAGUAUUGUCUCAAGAAGUUUUACCGACAGCUCUGCUGAUGAAAUCUACGUUGGAUGUUGAACAGAAGAGCCUAGCUGUUUCAACAUCACUAUGGAAUGAUUUUGUAAAAUCAGCUUCUGACAUGGCGCCAGAUGGACGUGGCAAAGGGAAAAAGGUGAUGCCCCAAUUCAUGCACAAACCAUUUGAAAUGUGUCAAUCAAGCUACAAUUUAGCAUCCCAAGGGCCAUUCACUCGUACUAAAUAUCAUGCCUAUUCUUCUCUUUUAAUCAGUGAGAAGAAAGUGAGUAGCAUCUUAGAACCUCAAAGAUCUUCUUUUUCAAGAUGGAUGCAAGGUGGUAUUACUCAUUUACCGCAUGAUUUCAUAGCUGGAAGUGAUGAUGGAUUAUAUUUUGUUGGUCAGCACCAUGAGAUUGAAAAAUAUGUUGCUAAUCCAAAUAUUACAAGCCAGACUGUAUCCCCAGAGUCAACUAAACCACAAAAUCUGUAUGGACUAAACUCUGUGUUAGCGCAAGUGCCUUGUUCUGUUCAUGACAUUGGGUCUAUGAAGAUAUACACCAGUUUAGAUUCUGUAGAAGAAUUGUCGAGAGAUCAUCCCAAAAUUUCCCAGACAAGUCACCAUUUUCUGAUGUCGAAAAAAACUGAUGUUAACUUAUCUGACAGAGGCCAGUUCUUUAGAGAGCCCAUCAAAUUCAAGGGAAACGCUUUAACUGAGAUCCUGGAUUUCUCUCCACCCACGUGUGACCAUGCUCUGGAAGGUUUGAAGCUCAAAGCUCUAGGGAGCUCCAUAAAGAGUGAAGGAAAUGAAAAUGUCCAAGAUUUCACAUCUCCAACAUGCCUGAAGAAUGAAUCAUCUGCUGAAACUGAUACUAUGGACAUCGAUGCUUUACAUAAGAAUAAUCUUCCUGGUGAUGUUCCUUUGCAAACAAAUAAGUGCUCCAAGGAUAGUCAGAACUCACUCCCGUCUCAUGUUGCUGCAACUUCUGCUAGUGAGAAAAACGUAGCAAAAUCAGUGAAAACAGUACUACCAGAUAUAAACCAAGAGCCUCAUGAACUUCUCAAUCAGGAAAGUCCUGUGGUUGACAGGGAGACCAGCACAUCAAGAACCCACAGCCUUGAUUUGGAUCACUUUCUUUCUCAUGCAGAUGAGCGUGCAAGGUCAAAUUCUGGCAGUAGUUCUUUGGGAUCAGAUCCAAGCAGCAGAUGGGUCAAACGACUCAAGUUAUGCACAUUGGGUUCUGCUCAUGGUACUGAGAUUACUAAAAUUGGAGAAACUUCUUCGCAUGAAAAAGUCAACAAUAUAAUUGGCAGAAUUAUGAAAGAUAGCAAAACUAGUUUGGUACCGGAUCUAGCUGCAACAGUAUCAACAAAUGGCAAGUCCUCUUUUACUGAAGCAAAGAAAACUGUAGAAAUUACCCUUUCACACCCCUGGAUUCAGAGAUGGAGUCAUAAUCGUUCUGCACCUUCCCAAAAGAGUCAUGAAUUAGGGGAGUUUCAUGAACCAAAGUCUUCAAAUGCUCUGCUAGAAGAGUUUCAAAAGAAGCAGUUUCCAAGCAUUGCUGCCAUGGCCCUGAUGGGAAAGGCAAUGAACAGUUUGAAUCCCUCUGAGCUUAUGAAAAAGGGACCUGUGAUAGUUUGGAAUAUGAAGGGAUUUUAAAAUUAAUUUCUUAUGAAGUUUAUAUGAUGGGAGAUUCUCAGGAUUAGUUUGAGAGAAAUGCAUGGCAUUAUGGCUGCUUACUUCUAUACUUGAAGUCAUGCGGGGAAGUGAGAAAUCUCUAGCCAUGUGUAUGCCACAAUCAUGUUGAAUAAUACUUCUUUAUUCUCCCCAGAUUGGACUUAUUGAAACAAAAUAUAAGAGGUGCAUGCAUCUGAAGAAGUUAUGUACGGGAGCAUGCAUUUUUUGUCUGUAAUGUAUAUACUUAUGCAAUAACGCAGGAUGAGAGAAAUUUCUCAGGAGUGGUUGAGUACUAUCUUAUCAUCCAAGUCAUCACGUUGAAAGUGUUUUAUACACGAUUGUGUACAUUUUGGGUUUAAUUCUU